GCAACGAUGAUUAUGUUCCAUACGAACAGCAAAAAUGUUGAUCUCUAACCGUGAAAUUAUUUUGAAUUUACAUAAGUUAUAUUAAAAAAUGUUUAAAAAUUCCGUCGCUUUGGGGCGUGAUUAUUCCACCAUGUAUUAUAACUCAGUAUAUAAUGCAUCUACCAUGUUUGACAUGAAACACUCUGAAAGUCAAGUUCAGCAACAGAUAUAUAACGCAAAUCACAUAGGUUAUGUGCCAACCUCAAAUACUCGGAUAGUUAAGAAGCGAAAUACGGCUAACAAAAAGGAGAGAAGGCGCACUCAAAGCAUAAACAACGCAUUUUCGUACCUUCGAGAAAAGAUUCCAAAUGUUCCUACAGAUACAAAAUUAUCAAAGAUUAAAACAUUGAAGUUGGCCAUAUUGUACAUAAACUACUUAGUUAAUGUCCUUGAUGGAGAUCAGGAUCCAAAAGGCGGAUUUCGAGCAGAACUUAAGCCGGUCAGCCGAAAGAUUUGUAGCGAAAAGAAACACUGUUUAAAAUCAGAAAUUCAAAAUGUACCCAUGUCGACAAAGGGCCGCACAGGUUGGCCCCAAGAUGUUUGGGCAUCGGAGCUUAUUCCAGAGCAUAAUUAGACUAAUUUAAUUUAUUUAAGAUUUAUGUCAUAAUAAAUAUAUGUUUUAAUCAAAUAUAAUUUUAA